AUGAACAAGGAAAGACCGCUUCUGUUUAGAGCACAAAGAAUGCACCUGCAUAUGCUUACACCGCAGGAAAUUAAAAACCAAAGUGUCCUUAAAAUAGUCGACUCAGAGAUAUACGAUGAUCUGGGACACGCCAUAGUAGGCGGUCUAUACGACCAGCGGCUGGGAUCAUCAGAUAUAAGCGAAGCCUGUGGUACAUGCAGACAGAGAGGCAAUGCAUGCCCAGGGCAUUUCGGCCACAUAGAUUUGCCCCUUCCUGUAUACAACCCAAUGACGUGCGAUACACUGGCACGCCUUAUUCGGCAAACAUGCCUUGGGUGCUUCCGCUUUAGAAUGGGAAAGGACGAGGCUGCCGGUGCAGCAGCACAAAUGCACCUUGCACGGUGCGGGCACGAAAUACAGGCCAGCAAAGCAGGAGAACUUCUUCGUAGAAAAAAGUACGAUAAGAUUCAGGAGCUGCUCACUGAGACCUUGAAGAAUACACCAAGCACUGAUCUGCCAGAGAAUACAACGCACAACCUCCGUACGCGCUUUCUGAGCACGCCCCAAAGAGCAUGCCUCUGGUGCGGUGAGUCUGAGAAAAAGAUCACGCUUUCGUCUAUGCGAAUCUCAGUGGAGAGAGAGCACAGACCAAAAGAGGGCGUCCCAGUCUCUCGGGGUGAGCUUCUUCUUCCAGUUGAGGCCAUUCAGAUUAUUCAGAAACUCACGCAGAAUGAGGAGGCUGUUUUGUCCGAGCUAUUUUCUGGCAUGUACCAGAAGCUGCAGGGCGCAAACUUUCUCAUUCCAAUGUUCUUUAUUGAGGCAGUCGCUGUGACUUCAAACCAGAGCAGACCGGCUUCCCGCCUGCCGACAGAUGCUAUUGUUCCCAGCUUGAAGACAGGGAUAUACCAAAAUAUCAUUCGGAUAGCAAUGGAUCUCUUUAAUCUGCAAGACAAAUCAUCAAAAGCCAUCACAUCUUCGUACAUACGCCUGCAGGAUGCAGUUGGAGAGCUGUUUUCGUCGCGCGAGUCUGACAAGGCCAAAGCCUUUGGUGUGCGGCAGAUCAUUGAAAAGAAAGAUGGGCUGUUCAGAAAGCACAUUAUGGGAAAGAGAGUGAAUUACAUUGCACGUUCUGUUAUUUCCCCAGAUCCUGCAAUUGCAGUCCACGAAGUGGGUCUUCCAGUGGAAUUUGCAAAGAAGCUCACAGUCCCAGAAGGCGUCUCUCCUGUAAACAUAGAAGCACUUCGCAAGGCAGUUGAGAACGGGCCAGUGUACCCAGGGGCAGAAUUUGUAGAAGACGCCACAGGAAAGAUGAUCAGUCUGGAGCAUAUAACACCAGAGAAGAGAGAGCACAUUGCUAGACAGCUACUCACUGCAGCAUCUUUCAAUGCACACGCCAGCACAGAUGCAGAUGUGCAUGUGCAGGGCCCUCUGCAGCCGCUCUCGAGCUUGUCUAUACGGCGUGUCUGGAGGCACAUGAGAACAGGAGACUACGUUCUUGUUAACAGACAGCCGUCCUUGCACAGAGUCAGUAUGAUGGGGCACCGUGUGCGCAUUCUGCCACGGGAAAGAACCAUUAGGCUACACUACGUGAACUGUAACUCGUACAACGCAGACUUUGAUGGGGACGAAAUGAACGUGCACUGUCCACAGAACAUUGUGGCGCAGGUGGAGGCAGAAGAGAUAUGCGCCACAGACAAGUGCUUUAUUUCUGCAACAAACGGAGCACCCGUUCGGGGGCACGUCCAGGACCACGUGGUUAUGGGAACUCUGUUCCUGCAGCGGUGCAUAUUCCUCCCGCGCGACGAAUACGCACAGAUGCUCGUCACUGCCUUAGAGGAAAUCCAGCAGCACAGAAGAUGGGUCUUAGAGAAGCCAGCAAUCCUGCGCCCAGCGCGCCUCUACACAGGAGCACAGUGCGUUACAGGUGUCAUGCAGAAUCUAAGGAUGGACAUCUCCCUUGCAGCGAGAACUAAAUUGGGCGACGACUUUAUCUUGCGUAACGGCACUGUGAUUUCUGGUGCCCUAGAUAAGUCGCAGAUCGGCACAGCUUCAUACGGCCUAAUUCAUGCAGUGCAUGAGAGGUAUGGAGGCAGGGCUGCAAACAGCUUGCUUACAGCGCUGGGCCGGCUGUUCAACAGGGCUUUAAUAGUCCGCGGACACUCCUGUACAAUGGAUGAUCUAGUGGUUAGGCCAGAGGCAGAGAAGCAGCGGCGCGUCCAGAUUGAGGAGGGCCUAGUGGCAGGAAGUACUGUCUCGUGCAGCUACAUGGGGUCUAAUAUGACAUACCUCCAGGACACAGCACGGGCUGCAGGGCGCGGUGAAGUGUCAGCAGAGAAGAAAGACCUAGACGCAGAAAUGCGCGCAUCCACAAGCGACUGUGCAUCACAGGUUCUGGAAACAGCAGGCAGUGGACUGAGUGUGCAGGGACUGCGGAAUAACAUGCGCGCCAUGGUUAUCUCUGGGGCAAAGGGGAGCUUGGUUAACUUAGGGCAGAUUGUGGCCAUGCUGGGUCAGCAGGAGCUGGAAGGACUGCGUGUGCCACUGAUGCCAACCGGAAGGACACUGCCUACGUUCUGCCCGCUUGAGCCAACACCCCGUGCGCACGGAUUUAUUUCACAGCGGUUCUUGACAGGUGUGCAUCCAGAGGAGUUCUACUUCCACUGCAUGGCCGGAAGAGAAGGGCUGAUUGACACGGCCGUUAAGACCAGCAGAUCAGGUUAUCUGCAAAGAUGUUUGAUCAAGCACUUGGAAGGCCUGCGCGUGGAGGUGGAUGGAUCAGUCCGAGAUGCAACUGGAUCUGUAAUACAGAUGGUAUACGGAGAGGACGGCGUGCACCCAGAAAAAGCCGCAUAUCUUCAUAAGCACGAGUUCUUUGCAGAAAACCCCUCACAGAAGAGACAAAAUACAGGCAUUAAAGACAGUGGGUCUUUACAAAGUGCAGGGAAUGCAAGUGCUGCAGGGUUAACUGCGGGAGAUCUGUACAACGCACGGUCUGUCCCAGGAAGAGUGUCUGAGAAGUACUUGGCAUCAAUAAAUGCAGCUAAGGCAGUGGAAAAGGGAACAGAGUGGAAGAGAUAUGCACAGGCAUCUGUAGACCCAGGAGAGGCUGUUGGUAUAUUGGCAGCACAGAGUGUGGGAGAACCUUCAACACAAAUGACACUGAAUACAUUCCACCUGGCAGGUGUGGGAGGUAAAAACGUGACCCUUGGUAUGCCGCGUCUGAAGGAGAUUGUUAUGCACGCCACAAAGAAGAUUAAAACUCCUGUUAUAACAGUUCAAGCACACAGGCCUCCUACACCGGAAGAGGAAAGAGCACUUACCAUAUCUGGGCGCAGGUCUGUUCUUUCGCUUUUAACAGACAUCAGUGUAGAUGAGCAAGUAUUUAUGCACAAUGGAGACCUUGUGCGGCAGUUGAACAUUGUGGCUACGCCUGUGCCUGGAGCAGUGCUGGCUGUGGAGACAGCCAUACGGAGGGACUUUUUCUCUAAAUUCAGCCGCAGUAUGCUGGCCUUCUUAAAGUCACUCUCACACCAGGAAAUUACAGAAACAGCACGCGAAAUAAAGGAAGAUGUUGCGCAGAUGAAGGAGGGUGACACAGACGAGGAAGAAAGCUCUGAGUCUGAAUCCGAGUCAGAAGUGUCUGCAGAUGCAAGUGAGAAGAGCGGAGAGGAAGAUGAGAUGGCGCCUGCUGAAGUAAGCGAGGAGGGCUGUGCAGACCAUGUACGAGAGCCAUCGUGCACAUCCGACGGAGAGAAGGUUUAUGUGACACUCCAUGCAAGCGUUGCGUAUAGAACACUGUACCUCCCAAGAAUUGAAAGCAUCCUUGGUGCGAUGUACAUUGAAACAGGCGUCAGCUACGAGAACUGCAGCUACGGCGAGGGACAGUACGUUGUGCAGCAGGGAGGGCUACACUCUCUGUUCGACCGAGUUGGAUCGGAGAGCCUUCUGUGCGACUUGGCCAAUGUGGAAACAGCACGCUCCAACAGUAUAUGGGAGACAUACAACGUGCUUGGCGUGGAGGCAGCAAGGUCUGCCAUUAUUCGGGAAAUUGCUGCAGUGUUUGACGUGUAUGGAAUUGGAGUGGACUAUAGGCAUCUGUCCCUGAUUGCUGACUACAUGACGCACACGGGCACAAUCAUUCCCUUCAGCAGAGGAGCCUUUUCUACAGUCGGAGUACCAAUGCAGAAAAUAUCAUUUGAAACAGCGUACACAUUCAUGCGGGAUGCAAUUGUGGAUGGGUCAAUGGAUAAUCUGCUAAAUCCGUCUUCGUGCCUGGCAGUUGGAAAGAUGCCUGUUAUAGGAACGAAUUUAACCCAGAUUGGGUAUGCCAUAGAGCAAUAA